AUGUCUUUGGAGGAAGGUCGUCAGAUUGUAGGCGAACAAGAUCAGCAGGCGAUAGUGCGCGAAUUCACGUACCUCUUGGAAAAAUCAAAGCAGCUGUUUAAUGGUAUCAGAGAUUUGCCGCAGUUUGGUCAGAAACAAUGGCAAGGUUAUUUUGCGCGAACUUUCGAUGUUUUCACUCGGCUUUGGAGAUUCCAGCAACAAAACAGGCAAACACUAGAUGCCUGCUUUGGUCUAAAACGAUGGCAGAUCGGUGAGAUUGCAUCGAAAAUUGGACAAUUGUAUUACCAAUAUUACAUGCGGACAUGUGAAACUGGAUACCUUCAAGAAGCAUUCUCUUUCUACCAAGCAGUUCGCAGUCGCUCCUACUACGCGAACGUCCUCAAAGAAGACAGAGCUGAUCUAAUGGUAAAGAAACUGCGGUAUUAUGCUCGCUUUAUUGUCGUCUGCUUGUUGCUACCCAAACUUGACGUCAUUGUUGAUCUGAUUAAAGAGAUGUCGAAGUAUGUGGAGGAGUAUGUAAAGAAAUAUGAAUCGGCAGACAAAGAUGAUUGGAAACUUGUAUUGCAAGAAGUUUCAUCAUUUUUGGAAGCCAAUAGCCUUGUUACUGUGGUGGAUGUGAAUUCAAUGCCAGUUGCCGUUACACAUCGCCUCGACACUUCCAAUCAGCCAACAGCAACCGCAGCAGGUGACAGUCCAACCAAACGCAAAUCUCUCAUUCUCGGUGAAGCCUUCAUUGUUGGUAACACAACAGAACAAGUGAAAUUUAGUGAAUUGACUCUGGACAUGUUUCGUAUGCUUCAAGCACUGGAACGAAAGCCAACGCAAGGUUGUAUUGACGAGAACUCGCUUGAUAAAAACAGUGCAAAUGAGGACGACUCGCCUGUAAAUGUUCGUAACCCUCACAAGUUCCUUCUCUAUAAACCUACGUUACUACAACUUGUUAAUUUUAUUUCAAAUGGCGUCAAGGAGUUGCACAAUCAGUCGGUUGUUCUACUCUAUUUGUCUGCCAGUGGUGUGGAGGCACAGAAGGCAAACUAUGAAGAUGGACCAUACUGUCAUGGUGGAGUUUCAGUUAAAGAUUUUAAACACGACGACUUUACCAAAAAGCCACCACAGCUGAAGGAGACACAUUGUUUUUAUCCUGGUGACCUACUGCCGUUUACUCGUCGUCCAAUGAUGCUGAUUGUUGAAAGUGGCGCCAGUCAAGCAUUUAGUUCAAUGCCGCGACUGUUUGGGCAGCCAUUGAUUUGCUUACUUGCGCCAAGAAAUUUUCCAUCAACAUUUCAAGAUACAUCACGAACGGGUGGACUGCUCACUCUUUUUCUGUACUCUCCUCUAAUUGCUCUCUGUUACGUGUGCGGCAUUGCCGACAUCCGGUUUAGUCUUUGGGAGCAGUGUCAAAAACACGUGAAGAAGACUCUACUGCAUGUUAGGAAUUUAAUACUCCACUCUAAAGAAAUCGACCAUUCGUACAUCAAGUUUAUGGAUGACAUGUUUUUGUCCGAACUUAUUGUACGAUUUGUGUUUUUCAUGUGGGUUAUGAGAAAUCAUGCUGGAUUCAAGGGACCAGAUUUCCAACCUCGGUGUGUACCCUUACUGCCUGAAGACGACGUCAUCAGUAACAGUUCGGUACAGUCGUUGAUGCUCGAGCUGACACUGAAGUUGGACGUUCGAAGCCUCUUCAGUCUAUGACAAUACAUCAACUCUAUCCACAGAUAAGUGAAAAACGGUAACCUGAUGUAGAGCAUACUAGAUACUAACAGUAUGGACUACAUUGAUUUUUAAGCAUUUUGUACAUAUAUUAAUGUAAUAGGGAUUGAAGUUGAGGGACGUUUCUUAUUGCUUUAACUGUACAAUAUAUUACCUAUAAUAAAUAGUUUUUCUCAAAGUUUA